UAAGACGCUUUGUUCCGUAAAGACAUGACUUGGGAGAGUGGAAGUCGGUUAAAGUUUAUCAAGUUUUAAUACCGAAGAAUCUCAUUUGAAUAGAAACCGCGGCAAACCUUAAUUAGAUUCUUAUCUAUGGAAUUCUCGUGAUAGCGGCAAGAAGUGUAAACAUAGUGCGAAAUUAAUUUAUAGGGUCCAUGUAUUUACGAGUAUCGGCCCCAAUUCGAAAUAUAAUAUCUCUAGUGUUGUUCUAACGAAAAAGAUAAACCAAAUUGGAAACCACAAUGCAGGAGUGCCGGGAGUUUUCGUUUAAGCUGUUUUUAUUAGUUGCAUUUAAUUUGUUUAUCCAAAUUAAUGGAUUUAACAUUUCGCCGAAACCAAAUAUGAUUUUCAAGGAACCUUCCUUGAAAGUUUACAAGCCGAAAGUGAGAUCAUCAUAUUUUGGAUUUACUUUGAAUUUGCGGGAACAAAGCAUUAUAGUCGGAGCACCCCGCGCUCAAUCUAGUCUUGAAUCUCAACGUCACAUCAAUGAAACAGGUGCCAUAUACAAAUGUUCCCUCCAGAGUGGUGAAUGCGCUCCAUAUGUUUUCGACGCCAAUGGAAACGUGCAUGUGGAGCGAUCAGACUACACCUAUGAUUCCGAAAGAAAGGAUCUGCAAUGGUUAGGAGUUUCUAUGGACGGUGGCUCUAAAGAGACUGACCGCUUCGUAGUAUGUGCUUCGAAAUUGGCUGCCGAUGCAGUCGUCGAAUAUUUGGCUCAUGGGAUUUGCUAUUGGACUCCAAAUACUUUAGGAAGUGAGCCACAAGGAGUUCGACAAAUUGCUCCUUUAAGGUUAAAAAGUAUGCAGCUUAAGCUUAGAAAUGGAAACCGUGUCUAUUAUUAUUCAUUUGCCCAAAUGGGGCUGAGUGUACAUCUCACUGAAAAUAAUGAGGAAAUUUUAAUUGGAGCUCCGGGAAUAUAUACAUGGAAAGGUUCUGUGAUUAGAUAUCGUCCUCGUGUGGAAGAAGAUUUUGGAGGCCUCAGCCGACGAAGUUCAGAUAACCCUGGUGCUCACAAGAUUGUUCCACGACAAGCCAUUGAAUAUAUUAGUGAAAUUCCUGAUCCAGAGAAUUGGGGUCAACAGAAUGAUUCAUAUUUUGGAUACGCUGUGUCAUCUGGUUACUUUGAUAGUCGCGAACCACACAAGAUUUUCUAUGUUGCAAGUGCCCCACAAGCAAAUCUACAAAGUGGAGAGGUCUACUUGUUCAGCUUCAUUCUGAACACAAUUAUAAUUCAUCGAACAUUUACGGGUCAACAAUUUGGAGAAUAUUUUGGGUACUCGUUGCUUAGUGAGGAUUUCAAUGGAGACGGACUUCCUGAUCUAGCUAUAUCAGCUCCCUUAUAUUCAGUCCCAGGAAGCUAUGAAAACGGAGCAGUUUACAUCUUUUUGAAUAAAGGAGAGGCAAAUUUCGAACUAUCCAAUGUUUUGAAAUCGGGUAACAGUCUACCAGGACGAUUUGGCAUAACACUAUCGAAGCUAGGAGACAUUGACCAUGAUGGUUACAAUGAUCUUGCGAUUGGAGCUCCUCAUGAAGGAAAUGGAGCAGUUUAUGUAUUUUUGGGUAGCAGCAAUGGAAUACAUGAAAAAGCCAGCCAAGUUUUACGGUCACCAAUGGAUGACUUAAACGACCAAAGUAUGUUUGGACAUGGAAUCUCCAAAGGAGUAGAUGUUGACUCCAAUGGCCAUCAUGAUCUAGCGGUCGGUGCUCCCAAUUCCGAAAUGGUCUACCUCUACAAAACAUAUCCUGUGAUCCGGAUAAAUGCAUAUACCCAGUCGUUGAGCCGCUCAAUCAGUAUUAACCAGACUAAAUUCCAAUUUCGAGCCUGCUGGAGUCUGGAGUCAACAUCAAACCAAACAGACCAACAGCCCAUCAAGAUUACAUUGAAGGUUGAUCCGCAAGUGAAGCGAGCCUUUUUCUCUGAAAACAUCAAUGAAAUGGAAUUCGAUGCGAUUGCGGUUCCACUGCCAACAUGCAAAAUCUAUGAUGUUAUGGUGAAGUUCUCGCUGCCAGAUAUUUUCAAAUCAAUCGACAUUGAGAUCCACUACGCGCUUAUGAGAAAGAUACCUGACAGUGAAGUUUUCUGUGAUACAUGUGCUGCCAUCAAUCCACGCGAUCCUAAGUUUUCGACCGAAAAGAUCAGUUUCAGUACCGGUUGCAAGGAUGUUAUAUGCGUAUCGGAUUUACGAGUAUCUAGCUCUGGUUUUGGUAAAUCAUUCAUUCUGGGAAGCACUAGGACGCAAGUUGUCACCUAUAAGAUCGCUAAUAAAGGAGAGACAUCUUACUUAACUGAGCUCAACAUAACAGCACCCUCGCAAAUGCCAUUCGCGAAAAUACCGUCUGCUUGCAGAUUGCAAGAUAAUUCCUUGAGGUGUACAUUGUAUAAGGGAAGGCCAUUACCUAAUGGUGCUGAGGACACACUUGACAUAGCAUUCGAUACCUCACACUUAGCUGGAGAAAGUGUUACAAUAAAAGCAGAAGCAUUCAACACUGGUAACGAGCUAAAUCCUGGCGACAAUGUUCUAGUGAAUGUCAUUCAAUUAAGGGAGUACAGCGAAGUGGAUAUAUCCUACCGACAACUGACGCCAAUUUUGAGUCUUGAAAACGAUCUUGGAAUGAAAGAAAUUAAAAAUUUGGUUGAGAUUCGUAACAAUGGUCCAAGCAAAAUCAGACAUAUGAAAGUCCUUAUUCAUAUUCCGAUCUCGUAUCUAGUCCCCAACACUCAAAGUCGAAUACUUCUAGUCGAAUAUAAUAACAUAACGAUAAACGCUACUCACAACAAUAGGACCAUCAACGCCGUCUUUACACAAAACAACACAGUCAUCAUCCAAAAUGCCAUGGAAAUAUCAUCAACUCCUCAAAUAGUUGAAAAUAUGCAAGGAAUGGAUUUCGAUUCAUCAAAAGUCGGAUAUCCAGUUGAAUUUGAUCCUGGAAACCAGCCCGACAGUUCCGAAACGGAUCUCUCCAACAACUUCAGUAAUAGCAAGAGGCGUCGUCGGGCUACAGGAGACAUUCCCGAUAUUGAGUAUGACCAACUGACGCGAUGGGAUAAUACCAUCACUGAGAUCAGGGAGAGUCUGUCGAGUUUGGUGUCUAUCGACAAAACCGUAAUGUUCAAUUGUCACAACCCUGCGGAUGCUCUCUGCAUUGAAGCCUCCCUCGAUGUAACCAAUUUGGAAGCAGGCGACAACGUUGUUAGCAUAUUGAUAAGUUACAAUGUUGACCUUAAUCAAAUCGAUAAAAUCUUGACUGAAACGAAAGACUACUUCGUGAUCACUACUCUUAUUGACGUGACCAAACUGGACGAUGAAGAAGGAAAAACCAUCAAAGUUCAUAAAUCGUACCCGCACAAUAUAAUCUCGAAAUACAAAUUGGCAAUGGUUCCAUUAUGGGUGUAUAUUAUAUCGAUAAUAGCAGGACUGCUGAUCCUUGUAAUGAUGACUUAUGGAUUUUAUAAGAUGGGUUUCUUCAAACGCGAAAAGAAAGAGGAACUUGAAAAGUUGCAUCGAAGAAGUCAGCGCGAAGAAGACGAAUCCGAACAAAGGCUUACAUAAGGUCCAACUACCGAUUACCUUUAGAUAUUUCUUCAUAGUUUUUAAGGAUAUUUAAAAAGGCUGUGCAUUCCAUUAUAAUUAAAAUAGUAUUUUGUAUUUGAAACACAAAGAUAGGUUUAAGUAGAAUAUGAACGAAGCGUACGAAUUAGGAAUACGAAUAUUUUCUUAUUUUCUUUAUUUGAUUUUCUCACUCUGAAAUAAAUUAUUCUAUUGGUUUCUAUGAAA